GGGUGCAUGAUGGCAGCGACAGAAAAACGCUACGAAAACUGUGAGCACGAGAGAGGAGCAGUGACUGCGUCCGUCCCUGAAGAUUUCACUGAUCUCUCCACCGUUCACCACUCCCUCGGCUCCCUCUCAGUGCAGGAGGGAGGAGAGAGUGGAGAUGACUGGAUUUCCCACCAGCUGAGUCAGGAGCAGGUGGAUCAGUUCUGGAGAGAUGGCUACCUCUCAAAUAUCCCAGUCCUCGCACAGAAACAAGUGCAGCUCCUCCUCAAGGACUACAAAACCUUCCUAGACCCCCCCACACUACUUCAAACGAAGGUCACGGCUGUUUCUGAGUUUUCAUCACCGUAACCGAGUGUGGUAUGAGAGACCUGUCUCCUCCAUGCUCUGGGCCAGUGGAGAAUGAGCAGAGUCUUCCACGACCUCUGCUUCCUACCUCAGAUUGUAGUCAGUGAAACAAUAUGCCUGACACACCUCAAGGCAAUAGGGAAAUUCCCUUUUUAAACUUUAACUGGGGAAGUAUAAUACAUUGGCGGUGUCAGAGUGUUACAGUUUCACAACAAGUUUAGAACAACUCACGCUUUGACAUGAAAAACGAGAGAGUCGGAGAAAAGGGAUUGGGUUUCCAAGUGCUCACAACAUACAUAAACAACACACACUCAAUGUCAGUGGAGUUUUGAGGAAAGUAUAGGGGAAAAUCUAGCAUGUGUAUCCUUCAACACAUCUAUUAUAAUGUCAGUAUUCUUACUGUACGUGU